UGAUAAUGACAUUUAUUUUGGCCCUUGGGCUGUCGUUUAAUUUUGACUAUCUACGUUUUUAUUCGAAGAAAUGAGCUUUUUAAUCGCGCCGUUGUUUACGUGAAUCUUGAAUUAUAAUUUACAAGCGAUAUAAUUAUAUUUAACACUUCACAACUCAUGAUCAAAACAAUGAUAACUUCGCGACUGUUCGCGCAAGAGAACUUAAAUUUUACGAGAAUGUGUUUCCUAGUCAAUUGUCUCAAAAGGUUAAAGACUUCACAGCAGUGGCUUAGCCGUCAGAAAGCUGAUCCUUAUGUUGAGAAAGCCAAGAUAUAUAAUUACAGGUGUCGCAGUGCUUUCAAACUGUUGGAAAUGAAUGACAAGACGAAUAUUCUCGUGCCAGGUCUUACUGUUGUUGAUUUAGGGGCAGCACCGGGCUCCUGGACGCAAGUUGCCGUCCAGAAAACAAAUGCUGAUGGAGCAGACCCUAAAAAACCGAAAGGAACAGUGAUAUCUAUAGAUAAACUGCAGAUAUUUCCCAUUGAGGGAGCAACAAUAAUGAACAACAUGGAUUUCUCAACAACAGAUGCGCAUGAUAAAGUUAUAGCUGCAUUAGGAGGUACGAAAGUUGAUGUUGUUCUAUCUGACAUGGCCCCCAGUGCUACAGGCGUCAGGGAGCUUGAUAAAGACAGAAUACUAGGCCUAUGUUACAUGGCCAUCAGAUUUGCUGCACUAGUCACUAAAAUAGAUGGUAACUUGUUAUUCAAGGUUUGGGAUGGUAAAGAAGUACCUAUACUGGAGAUGGAUCUGGAAAGGUUUUACAAGAGCAUAAAGAUUUUAAAACCUAAAGCAAGUAGAUCUGAGUCAUCUGAAAAGUUCAUUCUUGCUAAGGGUUUCAAAGGGGUCCAGAGGCCUCUGCAACAUGGCCAGUGGGGAUAAAUGUAACAAGACAAUUUAUAAAUGUACAACGAAGUUUUCUAAUAAAUGUCUUCCAUUUAUAUUGUUAAGUACCUAAUACUUAGAUACUGUAAACACAUACUCAAGUACAAGAUAAGAUUAGUCAAGAGUUUAUAAGUUACUAGUUGAUAUACAUAAGCUAGUAUGCAUAGUAGUAUUGUCCUAAAGAUGUACUUAUUUUUUAACACAUAUAUCAAAAAAGACAUUUGGAUGUUGUGCAAUUUUUGUAUUUAUUUUGUCAAGAAUACAUUAUCCCAUAAUAUUUAUUAUAAUAAAGAUUAAUUUGUACCUACUGAACCAAGCACAAGUUAAAACGGAAUAUUUAUAAUAAAACAUCAUAUAUAUACCAAAAGAAUCUUUAAUUUUAUAAUCACUGUUAUAGCAUAAUUUUUCGAAGCACAUCAUUUUUUACCAAUAUCAUAGCCUAUUAUACAUAUACCAGAUAAAUAUGUCCAUCACUAAAAACAUGAUUUUGUAAAUUAAACUUUAGCAAAUCCAACAAA